GAUUAAUCUGGAAUUUGGUAAGUUGUUAUGGAUCCUUUCUCUUUGUUUUUUUUUUUUUUUCCCUUUUCAACUCUUCCUAUGGAUUUUGAUUCUGUCUCUCGUCUUCUAUUUCUCAAAGUUCAUACACAGACACACCAUCUGCUCUCUUCAUCACUGUAAUACUUCUUUUAUCGGCAAGUUGUCACUGUAGGUAAAAUCCCUAAUUCUUUCUCUAUUUUUUCUCCUCAUGCAUUGUACUAUAUUUUGAAAGUGAAUCAAUGUUUUGAUUUCUUUUUGAAAUUGAACUCAGAAGAUAGUGUGUGUUUUGUUAUAUUUCUUUGCUCUCCCCAAACAGAUUCCUUUCCCUCUGCUUUAACCAUUCGUCGUUGGCAAAUCUUCUUUUCUUCUCUGGUCAUCAUCAUCAUAUUCCAUGGCCUUAGAACCAUCAAAUCUCAUCCAAGCUUUCACCUUUCCACUCAUCUCUAAUUUCUCCUUCCAUUUUCGAUUUUUCCUUUCAUCUUCAAUCUUUGAUUCAUGGUCACCGGAGGAGGCCAGAGGUGAGUGAAUGUCAAAAACAGUGAGGAUGUGCCCAAAUCUGCAGAUCGGUGAUGGUGGUGGUGACGAUGGUGCCCAGAUCUACAGAUCGGUGAUGGUAGUGGUGACGAUGAUGCUAUCACCAUUCCCCUCAUCUCCGAUUUCUCCUUCCAUUUUCGAUUUUUCCUGUCAUCUUCAAUCUUUGAUUCAUGGCACUGAAGGAUGCCAGAGGUAAACACAGUGAGGAUGUGCCAGUGCCCAGAUCUGCAAAUUGGUGAUGAGCAAAAGAGUCAGCUUGUUGUCAACAUGUGUUGGUGUUGGUGAUGAUAAUGUUAUGAAAUUUAUUUAUUUAUUUAUUUUAUAAAAUAAAUAUGGUGUUAAGUU